AUGGCUAUCCGAAUCGCUCUGCUUGAUCCAGCGCGUACUUAUGAACACAAACUUAGUGAUUUGCCUGUUGGUGGCAAAAUGAUUAGACAGUUCCACAACAAAAAUGAUUUUCUUCGCUUCAUGUACCACACACCACUUAAUUCAAACGAUGAAACUGUCUCAUUUAUUCUACCCGAAGCAGUGGCCCAAGAUGAAGUUACUAAACUGCAGCAGUACAUUUCGAGUUCACAAUUAAGUCCCGUUAAUAUCUAUGUGUAUAGAACGAAUGAUACGAGUACAGUGAAUGACGGUGGAUUGCAAAUGCGACGAACAUCAUUCACUCAAGAAUCAUUAUAUGGCUGCAACAUUGUUCGAGAUAUAUUCGAUGAAAGUCAAUUGAUGGAAAAACUGCAAGGUUUAAUAAGUCAGCUGCCCGAUUUGAAUCAAGUCAAUAGUAACUAUGACAUUUAUUCAGAAAACUAUUGUUAA